GCUUUUUCCCUUCCACUAACACAUUUAAAUAUUCCUCCCCAACUAUCUCCCCUUUCGCAACUCUCAUCAUAUUUCACACAUAAGCUACAAACUAGACUUCUUCAAACAAAAAUCUGAAAUUUGAGCUCAAACACAAAAAAAAACAAAAAUGAAACCUACGAUCACCAUUUUGUUCUCUCUACUACUUUUCAUAGCUUCACCCUCCUUGGCAACCCGACCCGCAUCCAACCCUGAUCAAGUCAUGCACUCCAAGGACAACAAAAACAACAACAACCAAGGUGAUGGUGGUGGGUUCUUUGGCCCCGGAGGAGGGUUCAGCAUACCCGGUUUUGGAAACGGGUUUGGAAAUGGCAUCAUAGGAGGAGGAUACGGAUCCGGGUAUGGAGGUCCGAAUGGUGGCUCCUCUAAAGGUGGUAUCAUACGACCAACCGUUCUGUGCAAAGACAAAGGCCCUUGUUUCCAAAAGAAGGUUACUUGUCCUGCCAAGUGCUUCUCCUCAUUCAGCCGCUCCGGCAAGGGCUACGGCGCCGGUGGCGGUGGCGGUGGCUGCACCGUUGAUUGCAAAAAGAAGUGCAUCGCUUAUUGCUAAGCCAUAAUAUGCCUACACUGGAGAUGCAGUUUUGACAUGAAAUUCUCGUAUUAUUGGAUGCGGAUGGUAAGAGACAAAGAUUAGGUCGUCGAUGUGAUAUGAACCUUCAGCCACAAACUCCAGAUCUCAUUCCUCACCCAACAAUAAAUACAAAAACGUUCUAUUAAUGGAUGUCUUUAUAAAAAAUACAAGCCUUUCAGUAUGUUUAAAAUUU